GCCUUUGGACCCCAGGGAGGGAGGGUGUGGAAGUUCGAGUCCAGAGGGGCCGUUUAGUAGCCAACAUGAGUGACAGCUUAUUUGUCAGUUUGGACAGACUUUUGCUAGAAUUUGUUUUCCAGUAUGAGCAAGAUAUAAGUACUAAAGAAGAUAUUAUUCAAAGAAUUAAUAAAUGCUUUGAAGAUAUUAAAGAAACCAGAGUAACUAUUUGUAAGAUGCAUGAAACUAUAAAUACAACAGAUGAGGAAAUUGGUCAUUACUAUAAACGUAGUGAGGAGAUCAAAGACAGCUGUAGUAACUGGAAGCCAACAUGUGAUGUUUUUCAUAAGCAUGAAGAUUAUAUGCAGGACCAAUUUACUGUUUAUCAAGAAACUAUUGAAAAAGACAAAAAAAUGUAUCAUGGCUAUAUAUGUCAGUAUAAAGAUGUUUUGAAGCAAUACCAACUAAAAUACUCAGAAACACCCUUUUCACGUGAAUAUUAUGAGAAGAAAAGAGAACAUGAAGAAAUUCAAAACAGAGUGUUGGCAUGUACUGAGCAACUAAAAAUGAAUGAAACUAUUUUUAUGAAAUUUCUAGUGCCUGCUCCCUUUCCAUCACUUACUAAAUGGACAUUACACAUGGUUAAUCUGAGAUGUAAAACACAAGACAUUCUGAAACAUGCUAGCAAUUUUACCAGAAGUUCCUCUGAAUUGAAGAAAGAAGUAGAUGAAAAGGAAAUAGAAAUUAAUUAUUUAAACCAGCAGAUUGCAAGACUUUAUGAAACUAAGAAUCUUUCAGAAACUCUGGAAGAAAAGAACAAAAAUACAGAAAAGAGAAAAGAAUUGAAAGAAAGAAUUUUUGACAAAGAUGAACAUGUACUUGUAUUGAAUAAAGCCCCUCAAAGCAGUCAAUUAUUUCUUCCUUAUGAAUCUCAGAAAUUCGUAAGACCAAUAAAGAUGCAUUCUUCAGAAUCAAGAGUUACAGAUAAAAAAGAAGAAAGUUCUAUGAAGCAGUCAAAGCUUGAUAUUAUUGACUUCAGACAAAAAGAAAAUGACACACAGGUAUUUAAUGAUUCUGCUGUGAAUAAGCAUUCAAAAUGUUCACAAGUUAUGGCUAUAAAAAGUUCACAAAAUUUUAUGCAAUUCAGGAUAUAUGCUGAGUAUGGAGAUAAAGGGACAGUAAGACAAUUACGAGAACCAAAAUGUACUUCGCAAGCUAUAUAUACAAAACAUUUUGGGAAGCCAAUAGAAAAUAAUAGUGAUGAAGUAGAAGAAAAGGCUGGGAAUCUUUCACCAACUCCUGAAACUGCUUUAUUUUUAAGAACUCCUGAAGCUGUGAAAACACCUGAAUCUUUGGAGAAAUUACAAUUCCCCAAAACCUCCUUGUUUGAAAUGAACAGAAAUAGAAAUGCAGCAUCUGAAGUUCAAACACAAAAGGGAUCUCCUGGAUUUUCUUUUCUUAUGAGUUAUACUUCUAGAUCACCUGGAUUGAAUUUAUUUGAUUCUUCUAUAUUUGAUACAGAAAACUCAUCAGAUCAGUUUAAUGAACAUUAUUCUUCAGAAAAUCUAAAUCCUCUGUCAUCACAACAAGAAAUUGGAAACUUAUUCGAGAAACCAGGAGAAGAUGCAUUUACAUUUUCUUUUCCAUCAGUCACUUCAACUCAUACAUUUGGAGCUGGAAAAGAUGAUUUUAGUUUUCCGUUUUCAUUUGAACAGGAUGAAAAUUCGACACCUUCUUCUUCUUUAAAAGGUUUUUCAUCUUCCUCACAAAACACAAGCCAGUUUACUUUUUUUUGA